ACAUGGGAAUGCCUGAUGGACAUCUAACAGAAAAGUAAAAAUAGAGGGGUUCCGGCACCGCUCCAGGGGGACGAGGACGCUUCUUCCCGGCUGCUGGCAGCGGGUCGGGACCCGGGAGGGCGGACAGAAGGAGCUGGCGGCGGGGCAUCCCGGAGGAGCAUCCCUGCAUCCCGGCGCGGUCCAGCCCGGGCCAUGGGCAGCCCCGACUGAGACCCCGCGGGAAGCGGCGCGGAGCAGGGGAAGAUGCUCGCGGCGGGGCAGGCGGGUGUCCUCCUCCUCCUCUUCCUCCUCCUCUGCGGGGCUGCCUUCAGUCUUUACUUCCCCAGGAAAGAGUACUCAGAGAACGUCUACAUUGAUCAGCCAGCAGGUACGCCACUCCUGCGCAUCCAUGCCUUGAGGGAUUCACAUGGGGAAGCAGCCCACUUUCAUCUGUGCCAGAAUCUCAUCAUCUCUCGAGCGAGAUCACAAGAAAAUAAUUGGUUUCAAAUAAGAGAAAAAACAGGACUUCUCUAUCUCAGCAGACGCCUGGAUAGAGAAGACUUUAAUAUGCUGUCUGUAGGAAACUGGAUAUCAUUAUCAAAGGUGAUGCUCUAUGUCUUCCUUUCAUCCCACCCCUUCCAAGAGAAAGAAUGUGACUCUGCUACACGCACCACAGUUUUCCUCUCCUUGAUGAAUGCUACUGCACCAGCUUGCAGUUCCCUGACAGCAAGGCAGCUUUGCUUCACAGAAAUGGAUCUAUCCUUUCACAUCAAAGAGAAUAAACCACCUGGCACAUUUCAUCAGCUGCAGUUACCAUCACUUCAUCAACUGUGUCAGAAUCUCAGCAUUUCCUACAAACUGCUGGCAGCUGAAGGUAUGCCCUUUCGAUACAAUGAGAACACCACUGGUGUGAGUGUGACUCGACGCCUGGAUCGAGAAGAGAGGGAGAGAUAUGAGCUGAUUGCCAAGUGCACUGUGAGAGAGGGCUCCAGGGAGAUGCAGGUUGAGGUGCCCUUCCUGGUGAAUGUGUUAGAUGAAGAUGAUUCUCCUCCGUUCCUUCCCAAUGGCACUGAUACUGCAGAGGCGAUUGUGGAAUUCAACAGGAAAGAGGGAACUGCCCUUGCAGUGCUAACUGUAUACGAUGCAGACACCACACCUAUUUAUCCCCUCGAAAGCAGCAGAAAGAAAUACACAGGAACCAUCAUUACUGAUGAUCCCUGGAUAAGCGAAACAUUUCGGGUAGAGCACAUCUUCAAUGAAAUCCACUUCAACCCAAAUGGCAGCCAAGUGAGGGGAACUCAGCAUGAGUACAAACUGGUACUGAAUAAAAAUAUUUCAGUCACAGAGCACCGUUCCUUCCAGUUGGAUGUUUUGGUGAAUGACACAGAAUUUCAUGGCCCAGAAAAAUCGGUGAUGCUUCAUUUCAAUGUCUCCAUCCUCCCUGUCAGCAUUCAGUUUCCAAACAUGACUUAUCAGUUCACAGUGAACAGAAAUGCUGAACGUUUUGCACAAAUAGGAACAAUCUGCAUUGAAAACUGUAUGAAGUUCCGUGGUGUGAACAUCACCUACAAAUUACUGUCCCCCAAUGUAAGCUGCUACGCUGUCGGCAUACUUCAAGGCCGAGAAGAUAAAUAUGGAAGCCUUUAUGUGAAUGAUUCCUCUGUGCUACGCAGACCUGAGUGCAAGGAAAUACAAUACACUGUUCAAGCUACAGACAAGCAGAGCAGGAAACAUACCAAAACCCUCCUCACUAUCAUAUUGGAAGGAAGUCUUUUAAAGAAACCAGAGGACUGCCCUGACUCCUGUGCUGUGAGUAAGCAUUAUGCUGAAUGUGAAGAGUGUGGUGGCCUGGGAGUGCUAACAGGAAGAUGCCAGUGGAGACAGGGCAGCGGAAAAGCAGGGAUCACCACAAACUAUUCCACAUGCACCCCAAGUAUCAAGACUUGUCCGGAUGGCACCUGUGACGCGGUUGAGAGCAGAGAUCCAGCUGUGUGCCCCCAGGACUGCACAAGUGGAAACAUCAUUGGUGGUCAUGGGAAAGGCACUGGAAAUCUUGGAAUUAAGUCAGGACAUGGGAUUUGUUACUGCUUCCCAAGACAGAAUUGUUAUUGUGAGAAAGAUGAUAUCAAGGAGCAACUGUGUGAUGAGGUGUGCAAGACUGUGGUAGCAGGGGCAGUGCUCCUGUCCUUCAUCAUCUCCAUCCUGAUAUCUUCCUAUUUCAUUCAUCGUUACCACAAGAAUUCUCCAAAGCCACCUAUUGCAUCCGCAGAAAUGACGUUCCGGCGCCCAGCCCAGUCCUACCCUAUCAGUUAUUCUUCCACUAACAUCCGCCGGCCUUCUUUAGAUUCCAUGGAGAACCAAGUGUCUGUGGACACCUUUAAAAUACCAGAAGAUCCCAAGUGGGAAUUCCCUCGGAAGAAUUUGGUUCUGGGCAAGACUCUUGGAGAAGGAGAAUUUGGCAAGGUCGUCAAGGCAACAGCGUUCCGACUCAAGGGAAGAGCUGGCUAUACCACUGUGGCAGUGAAAAUGCUAAAAGAAAAUGCUUCCCAGAGUGAGCUGCGAGAUCUGCUUUCAGAGUUCAACCUUUUGAAACAGGUGAACCAUCCUCACGUCAUCAAACUUUACGGAGCCUGCAGUCAAGAUGGCCCGCUGUACUUAAUUGUGGAAUACGCUAAAUACGGCUCCUUGCGCAGUUUCCUCAGAGAGAGUCGAAAAGUAGGACCAAGCUACGUGGGUAGUGAAGGGAACAGAAAUUCAAGUUAUUUGGAUAACCCUGAUGAGAGAGCCUUGACCAUGGGAGAUCUGAUAUCAUUUGCAUGGCAGAUAUCACGAGGAAUGCAGUACCUUGCGGAAAUGAAGCUCGUCCAUCGUGACUUGGCAGCCAGAAAUGUAUUGGUGGCAGAAGGACGCAAAAUGAAGAUUUCUGAUUUUGGCCUCUCCCGUGAUGUAUAUGAAGAAGAUUCAUAUGUCAAGAGGAGCAAGGGUCGGAUACCUGUUAAAUGGAUGGCCAUAGAGUCCCUAUUUGAUCACAUCUAUACAACACAAAGUGAUGUAUGGUCAUUUGGAGUUCUGCUAUGGGAAAUUGUAACUUUGGGAGGCAAUCCCUACCCAGGUAUUGCUCCAGAAAGACUCUUUAACCUCCUGAAAACAGGCUAUAGAAUGGAGAGACCAGAAAACUGUAGUGAAGAAAUGUACAACCUGAUGUUGCGCUGCUGGAAGCAAGAACCAGAUAAAAGACCAACUUUUGCUGAAAUCAGCAAGGAACUAGAGAAAAUGAUGGUGAAGAGUAGGGACUACUUAGAUCUUGCAGCUUCCACACCUUCCGAUUCCUUACUUUAUGAUGAUGGGCUCUCAGAAGAGGAGACACCGCUCGUGGACUGUAAUAAUGCUCCCCUCCCUCGAACCCUCCCUUCCACAUGGAUUGAAAACAAACUCUAUGGCAUGUCAUACCCGAACUGGCCUGAGGAGAGCCCCGUUCCACUCACAAGAUUCGAUGGCACUAACUCUGUGUUUUCAAGAUAUGCAAAUGAUAGUGUAUAUGCUAACUGGAUGGUUUCACACUCAGCGGCAAAAUUUAUGGACAAGUUUGAUAGCUAAAAUUUUCUUUGUGAAAGGUAAUGGACUCCUGAGAGGAACAAAGAUGCAAAGAAUGGAAAGGCCAUUGGCUCGUUCUUUGUGCAAUCAACACUAACUUUUAAAUUGGCAAACUUUUUUAUUGGUAGUUUCUAAAGUGUGUUAUUCAUGCUGAACACUAUAAUUGGUGAAUUCCCCUUGCAGAAAACAUAUCAAGUUGAAUAAGAGUUGUAGUUCCAGUACUUCUUUCUAGGUUGCCAUUUUGCAUAUGGUUCCAUUUGGCAACUUCUUAAUGCAAAUGGCCCCGCGCUCAUUCUUGUUGGUUUUUAGACUAACUGUCCUGUGUUACGGAUUUCUUGGGUGGGAAGAAUGUACUUGAACUGCUACUUUUAUAGUCGCUGUUAGCCUAUGACCACUUGAUCUAAGCAGGAAGCACAAACAAUAUAUGGAAGGGAGGGGGGAAAUAGGCUCCCAAAUUACUGAGCUUGCUGUCAAAUGAGAAGUGUUACGAUGAUGUUGGCACUGUCUUGGUUUGGAAGCAAAGAGAAAGUCAAUAGAGGACUUGAGAUUCAACAUUUGAAGUCUUGUAAAAUGUAUUGUCUUGUCUUAAUGAGAAGAGAGUUUGUUUUAUUAGUUUUAACUUCUCUUACCUUUAGCACAAUGGAGAUAAAUUUGAUACAAGAUAAGCUGUAUAGACUGAUGGCAAUCAAGAGUGUUCAUCUGACAGAAUUUACUUUCCAUCACCUACAUCUUACCAAUGUUAAAACAUACAAUCUUGUACAAUCAUAAUUAUUCUCUUGAGUUAAAAAUAGACUGUACGAGAUUUUCAGAUUGAAUUCCAGUGAAGAGAUUUUGUUUGCAGUCAUACUCAGUGGGUUGGAGUCCUCCUCUCAGCUCCAUAUUGGAUACACUGCCAUGUACAGGACACUGCCAUGACAUAACUCAAAAUAAACCUACUACUUUGAAAGUCAUGAGUAAACAACACUUGCACAGCAAAAUUGGUCUAAAACUCUACUGUUAAUGAAACUGUACAAGGAAAAUGUCAUCUGAACUUGUUAAGGUGAAAUAUAAAAAUGUUGUGCCUACAACACUGACUUGAUAUUUGAGAGAAUGAUCAGACUGUGGGUCAUGUUCUAUGUGAAAGAGUAAAUGAUCAGCACUACUGUCUUUAUUUGUAAUCUGAUAUGGUUAAAGAUAACUUUUUUUUGCUGCAAAUGUUGGGGCGUAAAUCCCAAGUGACUCGUUGUUAGCGUUGUGAUGGUUAUUCUAAAUAAUCCAGUUCUACCAAAGCUUUGCUCCUGUCACUUACAAUCCAAUUUAGCUGUUUUCAGAUGUUGUUUUGUGUAUCAACUUUCUGUUUCCAUUAAAGUCUGUGAUUUCAGAAACAAGAGAGUCAGACUGCCAAAACCUGAGCACAGAUUUUCAUUUCACAAAAAGCGGGAUAUCAAGUGCUGCGUUGGAAUUUAAACACCUUCACUGUUUAAUAUCAUAUUUGAUCCUGUCCUGGCUUUGGUCAAUCACUAAGGAGAGUGACUUUUUCUUUGUACAAAACUUUGCCAUGUUGUGUAAUGCUUAUGUACAGUAAACAGAUACAGCUGUGUAUACAGAAGGGGUUCAGUUGUGAUAUAAUGGUCAUCUUCACCGGCAUGACACAACUAUCAGAAUGCACACUUUUAAAAUAAAUGGCACUGAAAAUGAAGCCCAUUAUAUGGGCUUUAUUUUUCUAUUGAGAAAUCUGUGAAAAAAGGAGAAAAAAAUGGUAACUUUUUGCUUUAUCCAGCCCUUUUCCUAUAUUUUAUGUCUGUAAAAGGGAAUUCUUUAUUUGCUGUGAGCAAUGAAGGCAUCGAGAUUUUUCUUUUUUAUUCUCUCUUAAAUUAUGAAUGUCUUUUUAUCAGCUAUCUUCAGCAGCAGCAUUCAACUGGGAGAUGUGAAGUGCCCAGUUUCUAACUGAAAAGCCCCUGCAACAGCAUUGCUGUACAGUAGGUGAGUGGGAUAGUAUGCUGAAAUAACCAGUGGAUGCAGAAAGAAUUGUGUAUUUUAUACUUCCCAGUGUGAGUCAGUGUUGUUUCAACCAUUAAUUCCUGUGAAAAAUUGCACUAAUAGUUAUUGUUACAUAUGUUACCAGAUGUAGAUUCUGCAUAUAAAAUACAUACACAGUGCUUAAUUAUAGUUGCCAUACACAAUUACUUGCAUUAAGUGCAGCUUAAUGAAAAAUUCUUAACCAGUGUUUCCUAAUCCAACUGAUUUUUUUACUCCCUUCCUGCUUAUAUUCUCACUUUCAAGCAUUCAGUCCUCACAUGAAAGCUUCUUAUGUCUUCUGUGUAUGGUACUUUUGUAAACGUUUCCUUUGAAGUGUUUCUUGUUUAUUCUGUGUUGCUGUUAGUCUGAAUGGUGACAAUCUUAUUUCAGUUCUCCAUUAGAGAGUAAAUGUGCUUUCCGUGUAGGUAAAAAGGGGGAUGCUGCAGAGGAUUAUUUCCAUCAGUUCCAGAAAUACUUAAGCACUUGCCUGCCCUGAGGAAAAUGAAUUUGAAGGGAGUAAAUGACUCGUCUAAAUGUAAAGGAAGGAAUAUUGCUAAAAAUUUCUGUCAGCCUUUUCUAAAUAUCUGCAGCUCUGAUAUGGUUUACGUCAUCUGUACUUGGAGUUGUGACAGAUAGGGAACGGGGUAGAUGUCAUGUGUCCUUCUAGUCAUUACAGCAGCACAAGGAAGUUAUUGUAAUAUUUGUUUCCACAAAGUUUUACCGAGAUAUGAUACUCUGAGGUUGCAGAAUUUAAUCUGCAGACAGUAGCCUGUUUCAUAGAACAGAUAUUUUUAAAAGUCUUGUCCCAUUAAUGUGAGGUAUCUAAUAUUUAAAUCAUGUGGUUUUAUCUACAGUUUUUCAUGCAAAAUGUGCAUGAAUCUCUAUGGUAUGCUGAACUGGACCUAUUUUAAGUGAGUCUCAAAAAUUCUAUAAAAGCACAUUUCUAUUCCCUGAUGUUUUAAAAUCAAUCUUACAUGAAUAAUAUGAGCCUCAAAACAUACCUCAAAAAGACAUUUCCACUGUAAGUUUUGAAAGUUCACAAAAAAUUACUUAUAAUUUUUGAAAUGCUUUGUUUCAAAGCUCAGCCCACCUAAAAAUCCUGUGUCCCUCUCUGCAGCUGCACCAUAGAAUACUAGAGAUGACAUUCAGCAGCACCAGCUCCUAGGUGUCACCAGGCAACAUUCCCCAUAAACAAGGUGCAGUUUGUCCAUAGUGAGAUGAAUAGUUUGACUUUUCAGCCUAAGCAACCUUUCUGAAAAAAAGCCAAACAACCCUGUGGUUCCCUGAAGUCGUAUAGAAGGAUGUAAAAACUUAGUAAGAAAACCUAAGGUGUUCAGGUCCACUGCAUCUAACUUCAUGUAACUUAAGUAGACCCUCUGAAGAUAGUGGGAUCACUCAUGGAGAAAUUAUUCGUUAAUAUUUGCUGGUCUAAAACCAAAUAUCCCAGUAGUCUGCUAGCAAAAGUACGAAAGAUAUUAUCAAAAUACGGGCAAAGUAGGAAUAACCCGGGUCUACCCAUCCCUAGCACAGUAUUGUAACUUGUCUACCUAGCGGCGGCACGUAGGAGCAGGUACUGACACUAGAAGACCGGUAAGCACAAAUAUCUCUAUAAUGUACAUCUGGAAGAGACAGUGAAUGAAAUAUUUUUCAGUAUUAAUCGAGUUUCUCAGUAAAGAUGAGUUGUUCAUGUAAACUGUGUUCCAUAUGUUUCUCAUUUCUAAUUCUUUGGGACAGCAACCUGUGUCUUCCAGUUAUGACAGAGAGAUAUAUUCUCUUAAUGCGUUUUGAGAAGAUGAAUGGUUCCUCUCCUUUCAUGGUGCCUUUUUGGUUUUUUUUUGCUUUUACCUGGUUUUGUAACAGUUUGUAUGGUAUCUCAACACAACAAAUUUCUUGCUUAAAACAUAUUUCUCUGAGCUUUUGGGAACGUUCGUUUUGCUGAUAACAUUCUGAAAUUAAGUAAAGAGCUUUUGCCUACCUGAAUACAGACAAGUACACCUUCCUUUAAGCUCAUCUUAAGCUCAUCUAAAAUAAAUAGCUCCUUACUUUGGGCUAGUAAAGUACACUUCCUAGGAAUCCAACUUCACCUCAUCUGGAAGCUGUUUCAUAUGGAUUACAUGAACAAUUUAAGAGCAUUGUAGUUGUACUUUACAUGUCAAGAAAUAACUUCCCAGGUUUCUAUUAGAAAAGAGAAUGAAAGAAGAGUGUGUUCAUCUUCAAGGUAGCUAAAAAAGUUAAGAACUUUUGAAAUCAAUGACAAUGUAAUGAUUGUUGUCAUUAGGUAUCAGAACUGAGAGUUUGAUUUUGUCCUUGCUCAUACAAGCAAAUGUGUAUUAACAUGUGAGAUACCUGAUUUAAGUGCAUUUUUACCUUGCCAAAAGAAAAGCUUUCCAUUUAAUCAGUGAAGCACAGAGGUUUGUAGAGGUUCAAACUUACUGAUAGCAAGUAAUGUGCAUAUUUUCAAUAAAUAGCAAUGUUUACAGUAGGUGUUUCUGCUCGGUUUGGAUUUUUUUAUUUGCUCCCAAAUAUAAAAAUGGACUGGGUUUUCCCAAAGCACUCAGCUUUGACCUACAUCACCUCCCAUUUAUAUCCCUGAUAAACCUCUGCUGAUUUUAAUGGAGAAAAAAGUAUAGACUAUGGGCAAAUCUCGACUCAAAAUAUCAAAUAAAAAGAUGCUUGUUUUAUCACAAUAUUGAUGUAGUGGAAAGAACCACUAGUUGCACUGUCAGAACUACUGAAUAUGUCAGUAUAUAGUAUUCUAUAGUAAUAUAUAAUAUUACUAUUAUAGUAUAUACUGACAUAGUAUAUGGUACAGUAUAUAGUAUUUGUUAAACUGUGAGUAGGCUAUGAAGGUAAAAGCAGUCACUGUUCCUGCUUAGUCUGUAGUUAAAGAAAGGGCAGGUCCAGUCAGCCCAGUAUCUGUACAAAUCCCCAUGGGAAGUUAGGGUAGCCCAUCAUUUUGUGUAUAUUUCCUCUUAUAUUUAUAAAACAACAUAGAAAUAAAGCAUAACUGUAGAGACGUUGGAGGAAAUAAAAAAAAAGGUGAUACAUCAGCUUCAUUUCAUCAUUCUCUCUGCAAGAGGUUGUUAAUAGCAGAACCAGGUAUCAUGAUUAUUUCUUAAUUGUAGAAAUGUGUUGACAUGUCCUAAAGAAGAGAUGGAGGUCGCCAGCUGGAAAGUGUGUCCAUUGCAGCAGGAUGAGGUUUUUAUGUAUUUCAUGAUCUUCUCUGAGUGGAGGACAGAAGAAAAUGUAAGCCAACACAUCUAGGGCCUUAUUUUUAGGAUUAUGUUUGCAAAAUAAUUCAUUAUUGAAUACUGUAGGGAUGUAUGGUUUUAAUCCUUGACAACAUUGGUGCCAGAAGUAGUUUUGGAGUUACUGCAUACCACACUAAGAGCUAAUCUGUUGGUCAAGGAAUCAACAGAUGGCUGCAGAGAGCGAUGUACAAUCUCUUUCUUCUCUGCGUUCACCCCACUAUUGCCUUAUUCCCUGUUUGAUCUUAUCUGGGUAGAAACAUGAAUUUGCCCGCAGGAGAUUUAUCCAUGUGCCGAAGUCUGCAGGGACAGAAAGAUUUGAGAUCUGGAUAUCAAUCAAACAUUGCAGUUUCUAGUCUCAUUUUUCUGCAUUACACAGGUCACAGAAGUACUUGUUAGGGGCCUUAUUUAAUUUUUCAUCUGUUCAGGACUUUUCCUCCUGAUCAUAGUUGAAAGAGUUUGAUGUGAGUGCUGAUUUUCAUUUGCAACACGUGCCCUUUUCAUAGCUACCUGCCAAUGCAAUUUCCUAUCUGAAUUUACUAUGUUUAAGGAUGGAAAUAGCUCAAAUUGUUUAAUUAAACUAAGUCAAAUGAGCGUGUAUUGCAAACAUUUGGUCUGCUAAAAUAUUGCUUAUCCCUAUAUUUAGGGAAACUUUAAAGUUAUUUUUUGGGGAAAAAUAUAAUUCCACUUCCUCUUUCAGAUUUUGUUACGGAAUAAACUAUAGUCCAAUGCAAAUCAAGAAACAGUAGGAUGAUCCUACUUGUUUACCAAAUUUCUACCAAUAAAAAGAAUAGUAUCCAUUUAUUCAAGAGUAUUUCACCAAAAAGGAAGAGAGUUGGCAUAACUUCAUUAGAAUCGUGUCCUGAGUUGGAAGGGACCCACAAGAAUCAUCAACUUUAACUCCUGCACAGGGCAACCCCAACGUUCACACCAUGGGUCUGAGGGCGUUGUCCAAAUGCUUCUGGAAUUCUGUCAGACUUGGUGCUGUGACUGCUUCCCUGAGGAGUCCCAGUGCUCCACCACCCUCUGGGUAAAGAGCUUUUUCCGACUGGCUCACCUAACCCUCCCCU